AUGGAGUCUCCAGAUCCACUGCGAACGAAGAAUCGGGGUGGAUUCCGAAUGGACAAUUCGUGGAUCAUCGCCAAAGGAACCAGAAGAAUUUCGGUUUCUCGAAGAAGCAAACCCGACAUCGGGAGUGUCAUUCGCACAUCGACUGAGUUUAUCUCUCGACAUUUUUCUCUCUUCUCUCUUUCAUUCAAUUUGCUUUCAUCCAUUUCCAAUUCUAUUGUCUCGCCUGAAUUUUCAUUCGUUUCCUUCCAACUUUCUUCUCACCCUUCUUACUUUCAUCCAAUUUUAUUUUCUCUCUCUCUUUCACAUUCUUCCUUUUUCUCACUAUUCUCUUUAUUUUCUCUCUUUUUUUCUUUCUCAUUCAUUCUUAUCUUUCAUAUGACACAUCAUUUAUUCUCACACUCUUUUCAAUAUUCUAUCACAUUUUUUCUCUUUUCUUCUACUUUUUCUUUCCCCUCUCUCUCUAUCUUUUGUUCUUUCUUUUAUUCCACUCUCUCUUUUUAUCCUAUUCCCUCUUUCAUUCUACUCUCUCUCUCUCUCUCACAUUCUUCUCUCCUUUCAUUUUACUCUCACGCUCAACCUUUUCUCUUUUAUUCUAUAUUCUUUCUUUCAUUCUGCCACUCUCUCUCCUCAUUCUACUAUCUUUCCUUCUGCUCCCUUUCACCUCUUUCUCAUUUUCAGUUUACUCUUUCUUACAUUUUCUUCUCUCUCUUAGUUUUAACCAUAUCUCUUUCAUUCUACUUUCUUUCUCUCACCCCACUCUCUUUUGCCAUACUCUCUUUGACUUUUCACUUUUCUCUCUCAUUUUAUUCUCUCUUUUAUUCUACUCACUCUCUCAUUCUCUCUCCUACUCUCCCUUGUAUUUUUUAUUUGAUUUUUUCUUUCUCACUUUCAUUUUUUCCCACUCUCAUUCUUACAUGUUACUUUCUUUUUCAUUCUACUCUCAUUGUCUCCUCCCUCACUUCGCAUUUAUAUUCUAAUUUUCAGCCGACUUUGUCUUUCAUUCAUUUCUCUUUUAUUUUGUCGUCAUUCACUCAACUUUUAACUUUUCAGCUUGUUAUCUCUUCUCUUUCAUUUUAUACUCUUUCACCUUUUCUCUUUCAUUUUAUCCAUUCUCAUUUCACUCUCGCUUUCUCUUUUAUUCUACUCACUUCCUCAAUCUCUUGCUUGUUUUUCUUUUACUUUCUCUUUCAUCCGACUCUUGCUUUCAUUCAUUUCUUUCAUUCUACUCUCAUUUUUUUCAUUCUUUCCCUUUUCAGCCCUCUUUCUCAUUCUUUCUUUCAUUGCUUUCUCUCUUUCUCUCUUUCUUUCUUUCUUUCUUUCUUUCUUUAUUUCUUUCUUUCUUUCAUUGCUUUCUUUCUUUCGUUCUGUUAUUUCUUUAAUUCUAUUUUCUCUCUCUCUCUCUCUCUCUUUCUUCCUUUCAUUCUUUCGUUCGUUCUGUUAUUUCUUUCAUUCUAUUUUCAUUCUCUCUCUCUCUUUCUUUCGUUCUUUUAUUUAUUCAUUCUAUUUUCAUUUUCUUUCUUUUUUUCUUUCUUUCUUUCUUUCUUUUCUCAUAUGACCUGCCUUAUCUCGUCAGUAACACUUUUAGUUUUUUUUUAUCUUUUCCUGAAACCCUUUCCCCUUUUUAUCUUCUCUUUCCUUUUCUGUUUUCUCUUCUUCUCCCCUUUCCCCUCCUAUUCUUUCUUUCUUUCUUUUUUAUUAUAUACCUUUCUUUCUCCUCCCCUCUCUCUGCUUUUCUAUCGUUCUCAUCAAAUCUCUUUCUUUCAAUUUUCUCUCUCCUUCUAUUCUUAUUUCUCCCCCCAGUCUCUCUCCAUGUUCUCUCCCCUAUUAUUUACGUUAAACAUUUCUUUCUUUCUUUCUUUUUUUUUCUUUCUUUCUUUCUUUCUUUCUUUCUUUCUUUCUUUCUUUCUUUCACUGAAACCAAAUUCAUCUAUCUAUCUAUCUAUCUCAUCUAUCUAUCUAUCUAUCUAUCUAGCCACUCUCUUAGUGCCCCAACAAGGAAAAGAGAGAAAAUUAGAAGACUCAACCUAA